AUGAGUAAAGAACUAAAUUUGACGCAUUUUUUUUCAUCGAAUAAAAGAACGAGACCAAGUUCACCUGCUGUUACACAAGAAGAACAUGCAGAAUCUUCAUUAUCACCUAUUAGGAUUCUCUAUGAAUCAUCUAUUGUAUCAACUUCUGAAAUCGGUAGUACUUCUGUGGCAAAAAAACCUAAACAAAUUGAUCAUGAAAAUUUAGUUAGUACGGAAGUUCAAGCGUAUAACAAGAACGAUAUCGGUUUAAUUGUUAACAAGGACAAUUUAUCAACUGCUGAAAUGUAUGCCUUGUUGACAGAACCAUGGACACCACCAAGUAAAUAUCAAUUUCCACAAGUUAAUGUGCAUCAAAAGAUGCGAUCAGUUUGUCGACAUUCUUGGUUAUCCACAUAUCCAUGGCUAAGUUAUUCUCUUAUUCUUCAAGGAGUUCUAUGUCGAUAUUGUGUUUUGUUCAAACGAAAAUGGUCUGCCUAUGAUGCAGCUAAAAAUUCUCUUGGUCAACUAGUGUUAAAACCAUUGACUUCAUUAAACAAUGCUCAUCAUUUUAUUCAAACACACGAAAAGACUGAUUAUCAUUUGUUUUCUAAAGAACAAGCUGAAAAUUUCAUCGUAAAUUACAUUAAUCCCAACAAAUCUAUUGAUCUCAUAUUAGAUAAUGAAAAUCAGCAACAAGAAGCUACAAACAGAAAAAUUUUAUCAAGUAUCAUUAAGUGUAUUCUUUUUAUUGGCAAACAAAAUUUAGCCUUCAGAGGCCAUGAUGAUGAUGGUAUUUUUCAUACGCCAAAUGGUAAUCUAGGAAAUUUCAAAGAAUUAAUUCUUUUUCGUACUGAAUGUGGUGAUACGGUGUUGGAGCAACACCUGAAGUCUUGUCCUAAGAAUGCUAUGUAUAUGAGUCCAGAAAUUCAAAAUCAAUUAAUUAAUAUCUGUGGUGAUAUGAUAAGAAAAGAAAUUGUUCAACGUGUAAUUGAAGAAAAAAAAUUCUACUCAGUUAUAGUUGAUGCUACUUCAGAUGUUAGUGGAACUGAACAAUUAUCUAUAUCUAUUCGAUAUUUAUGUUAUGCUAAUAAUCAAAUAGAUAUAAAAGAAGAUUUUAUUGGAUUUGAACCUGUUGUAGAUAAUUCAGCAAAAGGUGUAUCAGAACAUAUUAUUAAUUAUUUACGAUCAACCGGUCUUGAUUUAGCUUAUUUACGAGGUAGAGUUUUAACUUAUUGUUGUCAUUUAUCAUAA